AUGAAAGCAAAAACCUGGCUUGGCCGCUAUCAUACGAAAUUACAGAAACUCACUACUCAAAAGCCUCGGAAGCCAUGGCGCCACCGCAGCAAAGGUCGCUACAAGCACACGGCCAGCGAAAAGGCCACUUUGAAGGAAAAAUGUCUAGCCCAUCGCAUUACAUAUGCUGAUGCUCUCAAGGAUGCCCGUGAGGUCGUGCAGGAGCAGGCAAAGCUACUGCAUGAGAAAUUUGGCGGUCAUAGCAUUCAGUAUUAUCAUGAAGAGCUCAUGCAGCGUGCUCGCAUGGCUGCUUCAUCACGUAGUCCUUCAAGAUGGAACACAUUUGUUCGGCGUGAGGUGAAGCGGACGAAUCAGGAACGUCCUCCAGGUUCCCCUUUCCUCAAAGCUUCUCAUUGCGUGAAAGGACUUGCGGCGCGUUGGAAUGGCAUGUCAAAAGACGAACAAGAGAAAGAGACCGCGGAUGCCAUGAAAGAUCUCGAAGACCAUCGCGAAUCUAAGCAGCUUGCCCUACACAACGUGCCUCUGAACGCUUUUCAAGACGUUCGGAAAAGUCUCGAGUUACUUGACCGUGAAAUUCAUGCUUUGAAUGCACGUACAGGCCUUGAGGUCGUGCUACUCACUUCACGUUCAAAUAUUGACCACUUCAACCAGCCACAUAUCUUCGUCACCGAGCGCGCUGCUGACUUCUUUGAUGCAUGCUUGGGCUCUUCCAUUGCGGAUGUCGCAGUACGUUUCGAGGCAUUCUGCAUAGCUGGGGUACAAGAGGCAGCAGCAGCCCCCACCAAGGUGUCGCACAUGUAUUACCAAAAUUUCGGCACCUACAUUACCGCUAAAUUCGGGAUCAUCAUCGAGAACUGGCCACUGCAGAAGUUCUGCUGCCCAGGGGACAUCAGCUCACGCUCCGAACUCGCCGUUUUGAGCCUUGCAUGGGAGUCGAAUGCCACUCACUUCCGCAAGCUGACAGACAGCAAGUUUAACGAGUGGAGUAACCAGCGCUUCCAGGAUGCAAUGGAUCAGGCGAGAGUAGAAAGAGAUGAUGGGAUGGAAGUAGAUGGUGAAGGACAGGAGAACAUCAUAGAAGGAUCCGACAACGAGCCUCCGCUCGACUCCACCUCCCUUCCUCGCCAGCAAACAUCAGCUCUGAGUCACAGCGUGAAUGUCAUUACAAUGGCAAACGGAACUAGUGUCAACAUAUCAAAGAGGACUCGCAAGCCGCGCUGCGAUAAAGGUCAGAAGCGUGGUCCUCGAACGAAAAAGCGCUCAGGUCAAUCAGAGGCUGAUCCUAGUAUUGUGUCUGUAGCCUUGUGA